CAGCAGCCGGAGUGGCCCCGCUUCCCUCGCCUUCUGACCAUGCCGGACGCCUCCGUCGCCGAACGGACGCUCCUAGGCCAGCGCAUCGGUGCCAUAUCCGGCGCCGAGGCUGCCAAAGGCUGGUCGGACGAGGCCAUUGGCAAGCUCCUCGACCUCGUCAAGUCACAAAAGGGUGUCGUCGAGGACCGCGACGUCUGCCUCCUCGGCGAGGUCAAGGCAGCCUUCCGCUCGGCCGGCGUCUCGCGCCUCUCGAGCCGCGAGGCGGCGGUGCAGGAGAUGCAGCGGUUCCUCUUCCCGAAGCCGAAGCCCAAGGGCGAGGACGAGGCGGGCCUCGCCAAGGAGUUCCUCAAGCUCGCGCAGCACGGCCAGCUCCUCGAGGCGCGCCAGCUCCUGCAGGGCCGCCCGAAGCUGCUGCACGCUCGCUCGACGUCAAAGGGGUACACUGCGAUGCACUACGCCGCGAUGGGCGCGUCGCUGCCGCUGCUCGAGUGGCUGGCGGAGCAGGGCCUCAAGCCGGACGUCCUCUCGCAGCCGAAGGAUGCCUCUCCCGCCCUCACGCCCGCCCAAGUCGCUCACGACUACAAGCGCGACGCUGCUGUGGCCUCCCUCUCCCGGCUGGCGGAGGCGUACGCCUUCCUCUCCUCCGCCGGCGCCGAGCUCGACGACGCCGCGAAGCUGCGCGCCGCCGCCCGCGCGGGCUGCUCCGCCGCCGCGGCCGUGCUGCUCCGCCGCUCUCCCGCCCUCGCCCGCACCGCCGCAGUCGCCGAGUCGCCGCACGGCGCACUCGUCGCCGCCGCCCGGGGAGGGCACACCGCCGUGCUGCGAGAGCUGGUCCGGCAUGGAGCGCUCGAGGUCGCGCCGCCGGCCGGCGCUCCGACGGCGCUGCAGGCGGCGGUGGGCGCAGGGCACUCGGAGGCGGCUUCGCUGCUCGACGAGGCGAGCGCCGCGCUCAAGCUGCUAACGGUGGGCCAGUUUGCGGUGGGCGAGUCUGCAAUGGACCAGCCUGCGCCCCUCGCGGCGGCGGAGGGGCGGGGCGGUCCGCCCAGGGAGAACGGCGCCGGAGGAGGAGGAGGAGGCGUGGGCGGGGGCGGCGGCGGAGGAGGAGGUGGUGAUGGGGGCGAGGGUGGGGGCGAGGGCGAGGCUGCUGCGGCAGAGGGCGGUGGUGCCGCUCCGGCGGCGUGCUGCGCUCUGGUUGCCGAUUGCAAGGUGUCUCGCGGGCGGUGUGUGGUUGCCGACGCAUGGGAGCCGCUGCUGGCGGCAGCGCAGGGCGCGGCGGGCUACGAGGCGGCGCUGUUUCGGUGGAGCGAGAGUGAGCUCGGCCUUCCUGUCUGGCUGCCGGUGCACCCGCUGCUGUACGACCAGUUCUCGCAGGGAGCCCUGCGCGCCGCCGACUCGUACUCCUCCGCCGCGCAACGCGAGGCGGUUAUGCCGCUCGCGACAGGCAACGCCGACGCGCUGCGCAGGCUGACGCAGGUGCUUGUGGCGGCGCACACGCCCGCGGACGUGGAGAGGCGGUGCGAGGCGGGGCUGACGGCGUUGCUCGGCGCCGAUCUCAUGAGGGCGUGGCUUGCAAGGGUCACGUACUUCCUCCCCGCGGUGCCGUGGGGGAGGGAGGGGUGGAGGGAGACGGAGGCGGCGCUGGCGAGCCGCACGCCCGACUCUGGCGACGCCGAGAUGCUGCGCCUGGAGCUGCUCUGCCUCGAGCUGCUCGCAAAGGCUCGCCCGCUCGCCGCUCUCUUCGACGAGAGCUCCGAGGAGGCGCGCAAGUCGUCCGCCCGCAACUCGGUGCUGCCGUACCAGCCGCACGCGCCCGACUCGUGCCCCUACCCGCCAAAGCCAAGCCUGACGCCGCGCGACCCGGCGUCGCACUCGGCGCUGCUGCUGCUGCUCGCGCCGUGCCUCCUCCUCAACGGCGGCGGCGUCACCUCCGAAGCGCGCGAGGCCCGUGGCUCGCGCCUCGCCACGCGGCUUGUUGAGCACUCUCAUGAACGAUGGAUCAUUCAUCACAGGUGGGUGCUCGUGCCCGCAGUCUACUCGCGCCACCUCGCUCUCGCGGUGCUCAGCCGGCUGGGAGGGCCGCGCUCGGUCGUUCUCCGCCACCCCCACGGCGCGCGCUUUGGGGCGCACGGCGGCGGCGAGCUCGCGGUCGCUGCCGACGAGCUGGACGACGCGCUGCGCGUGGUGCUCGCUUCGCUGAGCGAGUCGGCGCAGUUGGGCGGCGGAGGGGAGGGCAAGGGGCGGAGCAACGGCGGCGCGGCGCCGAAGCGGGUGGAGGCGGCGCUAGAGGCGGCGCGCUUGCUGCCCGCCGGAGACAGCGUCGGCGUCGAGCUCGUCGAGCUCGUGCCCGGGACGGCGCUGCCGCAGGACGGCAAGAGGGGCUGGUUUGACCCGACGAUGCGCGGCUACUUUCGCGCUCGGCCAGACAAUGCACGUGCCUGGGGCUCCGCACGCGGCGAUCUCCGCUCGGCAGCCGCGAUGAGUGACAACCGGAGGAGCUUCGGCGGGCGGCUCGACGCCGCGGCUCUGUGCGGCGCCCUCUGCCGAGGCGCUCCCCUGCGCGAGGUCGUCGGCGGCCUCCUGGCGGCGGAAGAUCCGCUCCGUCACCUCGCUGCGAUGGCCAUCCUUGCAAACGCGGCGGCGGGCGCGCGCGAGGUGCGUCCGGACGGGGAGGCCCUCUCGCACGCGCAGCGAGAGCUGCUCGGCGGCUCCUUCCACGCCAACGCGCGGCUGUGGCCCGAGCACGCCCCGCUGCUGCAGCGGCUCGCGCGGCCGGCCUACGCGCAGGCGCACGGGUCGGCGGUCGCACGCCUCGUCGGACGGCGCCUCCUCGUUGAUGUGCUGCUGCCCGACUUUUCGGCGGUCGCGUCGAACGGCUUGCGCGAGCCCGACCCCGAGGUGGUCGCGCUCCACGCGCUGCUCGAGCGCUCGCCUUUCGACGAGGUGCGCCGGCUCGCGCGCGACGUGCGGGCGGGCUACGCGGCGAUGGCGGACUCGGGCGAGCUGGCGGCGGGGCAGCCACUCCCGAACGCGGAGCACGUGCGCGAGCUGGUCGAGCUGCUCGACGAGGCGGCGUGAGGGAGAGGGGAGGAGACAUGCAGAUGUUUAUGAGAUGCGAGAGCGCGGCGGGUAGGAGGUCCCCGGGCAAACGCGGACUGCUUCCGAUGUGUGGCCCCUGUGGCUGGCCACUGUUACCUCUGUCAAAUCACAACGCAUGUUCGCCACAGGACAUCAUCCAGACGCUGCUCAUACUGCCCCCCAAGACGAUAAGUGUGAAG